CAGAAGGAGUCUGCACAAUCAUACAUUUGUUGUGAAAAUCGUCAAAUACGUUUUUUUUGUAGCGAUGUAUGACCAUGUUUUGAACACUUAGUAGAGUAGCGAUAAACGUUGUCUUUAUUCAAAAACAACAACAAACAAACAAGCGGUUGCGGACAGAAGACAGUAACUGUUGUGCUUCUUAUUUGGAUCAGCUGUGUUAAGUCGUCACGGAUUUCUCUCGUUCACUAAUGCAUGAACUCAUGAAGGAUAAGCAGCUGGUUUGUGAGGUGCACAAAAACGCCAAGAAACUUACUAUUUAGAUUAGAGGCUAGUGCACUAAGGAUUUGAAGAGUACUUUAGUUAUAAUUCCAUCGUUUGAAUGGAUCGUCAAUCAUCCGAAAUCGAUCAAAAGAGCAUAAAACAAUACACCUCUUUGCCAAAUAUGGACUUAUCCUUAGAUACUGUAACUCCCGAUGUUUUUGAGACGAUUACCAUCAAGCGUCGAGUCUACACUCAACAGGACUUGGACAAGGUCUACAAUGAAAUGCCAACACCGAAAACCUUGAAACAACACACCAGAAAUUCAUGUCGGUGCACCAAGAAAACAGUUUGUAAACGCAUCCUGUCAUACUUACCCAUUUUCCAUUUCAUUAGGUGGUAUAAAUGGAGACAGAACCUGGUCAGUGAUACACUGGCUGGUCUUUCUGUUGCCUUCAUGCAGCUACCAAUAGGUCUCGCCAUGGGUAUUCUUUCAUCACUUAAACCUAUUUAUGGGUUGUACAGCACGUUCUUUGGAAUUGUCUUUUAUGUAAUCUUUGGCACAUCUCGACAUAUGUCAUUUGGAACGAAUGCUGUAUUGUCUCUUCUAACUGCCACUAUAGUUGAAAGGGAGGCCGGUUUAAAAUAUGGUGGUGGUAGUGGUGGGAUUCCUUCAAACCUAAGUGUGGUUGACCCAGCUCUAGAAAACGAAAUACUGCAGUACAAAGUGGGUGUCGCAAUGGCUGCUGCUUUCAUGUCUGGAUUAAUUUUACUUGUGAUGGGUUUACUGAGAUUCGGUUUUAUCACCAGCUAUCUUUCCGUCUCAUUCCUUGGUGGAUUUACAACGGCAGCAGCAUUUCACAUCGCGACCAGUCAAGUCAGCAAAAUAUUGGGCAUAAAGGUCGGAGGACACACUGGACCCGGAAAAAUCGUUCUCGUGUAUGUGGACAUAAUUAAGAACAUUGCAAACACAAAUGUUGGGGAUCUCAUUGUUGGCUUGAUAAGCAUGGCCAUUUUGUUAGGUGUGAAGGUUGGAAUCAACGAACGUUAUGGGAAGAAAAUGAAAAUGCCUGUGCCUAUAGAUCUCAUAAUUGUUAUUACUGCAACAAUAAUUUCACAUUUUGCAGAGUUUGAAAGACGCUUCGGAAUUUCUGUAGUAGCACAUAUUCCAUCUGGAAUGCCUGUGCCACGUCUACCAGAUGUAAGCGCAUUAGGUAGAGUCAGCCAAGACAGCUUCAUAAUCGCUAUACUGGCUUUUGCUAUGUCAAUAUCCAUGGCAAAGCUUUGUGCUACUCUGCAUAGCUACGAAAUAGACAGCAACCAAGAGUUAGUAGCCUACGGAGCAACCAACCUGCUCGGGUCAUUUCUUCAGUGUUUUCCAAUGUGUGUUGCACCACCAAGAACCAUGCUCCUUAGUUCGAUUGGAGCCAAAACAACGCUGAAUGCGAUUCCAACUGCCAUAUUUAUGCUGGUAGUGUUGCUGGUGGCGGGUCCACUCUUUGUCUCUCUGCCAGUAACUGUUUUGGCAGCAAUGAUUAUCGUAGCAGUGAAGAAUGUACUGCUUCAAGUCAGACAACUCCCUAAUCUUUGGAAGGUCUGCAAAUCAGAUUUUGUGAUUUGGCUGGUAACAGUAAAAGUUUGUAUUCUAGUUGAUCUUGAUAUUGGUAUUAUCGUAGGAGUGGGAACAUCCGUAUUUACAGUUAUCGCCCAGAGUCAGUUUUCAUCUGGGCGACUGGUUGGAGUCUCAGAACAAGAAGACAUUUACCUCGACCUCAAGGGUCACAAAAAUAUCAAAGAACUGAAAGGAAUAAAAAUAUUUUAUUUCAACACAAUGCUGUUUUUUGCCAGCGUUGAAAGAUUUAAAUCUCAGCUUUUUCAGAAAACGUUUAAUCCAUUACAUUUUGAGAUGGGUAAGUGUAUUAUUGUUGAUGAUUCAACAGUGUUAAACGGUGUAAACGAAGACGAAAACUGGAUACAUCAUAUCAUUAUAGACUGCUCAGCUAUGACCUACAUUGACACGGCUGGUGUAAAUGUCCUUAAGAUGGUCAUUACUCAAUACAGGAGAGCUGGGACAGAAAUAUGUUUAGCAAACUGUUGCAGUUCCAUGUUGGUUGUGUUGGACAGUGCUCAGGUUUAUGACAUCCUGCCAAAAGAUCAUGUUUUCUUCAGUGUACACGACGCUGUGACGAAAGCAGCAGUCUAAUAUGACAUUUCGUUGGACUUGAUUAUGGUAACAUGGCUGUCCCUGGGAUGUGGAAGGAACAUAUGGGUCGGUAUUAGGAUAUUUCACCGGUUUUUACCCAAGGUCACAACCAUCAUUUUCAGUGUACAUGACAGAUAUGCCACAUGUUUUCAAAUAAUGAUAUAUACCUCCUAACAUCGAUCACACAAUAUACCAAAUCGGCCUUAGGCAGGGGUGUGUUUUAAGCCCGAUACUGUUUUCUUUGUAUAUAAAUGAACUUAGUGGUGAGAUGGUCGAGUAUUAUGAAAGAGGUAUCCAGAUGACACCAGAUCUUACAGAAAUUAUGAUGUUGUUAUUUGCAGACGAUAUUGUUUUACUUUCAGAUACACGAGGGGGGCUACAAAAGCAACUAGAUAUACUGUAUAAUUAUUGUCAAAAAUGGAAGCUGAUUGUAAACUUACAGAAAACAAAAGUAGUAGUAUUUCGAAGAGGGGGAAAACUUUACUUUAAUGAAAAAUGGUAUUAUGGAAAGGAAAUACUAAAUGUGAUUCCACAAUAUAUCUAUCUUGGGAUAUGAUUCAAUAGUCAAACAAGUUUAGCACAAGUAACUAGUCAUUUAGCAGUCAAAGGUAAAAGGGCAUUAAUAGAGGUUUUGAGAACAAUGUCAAACUACAAAAUAUUCCCAUUUCAUAUUUACUUUAAAAUAUUUGAUACACAGGUAUUACCUAUUUUAUUGUAUGGGUCUGAACUAUGGGGUUUUCAACAGUUCGAAAGUAUAGAAAGGGUACAAUAUAUGGCUUGUAAACGAUUUUUAAAUGUAAGUAAAUAUGUACCAAAUGUCAUGGCACUAGGGGAAUGUGGAAGAUAUUUGAUAUACCAUAACAGUCUCAUUAGGUGUAUACAGUAUUGGAUAAAAUUGUUGCAAAUGCCAACUUUCAGAUAUCCUCAUAAAGCUUACAACAUGUUAUAUUCUUUAGAUAAUGCAGGAAAAUAUACGUGGGCUACUGCUAUCAAGAAAAUUGUGUUUUCUUUAGGUUUUGGAUAUGUAUGGAUAUCUAAAGAUGUUGGGGAUAAGUCAUUAUUUUUAGCCACAUUCAAACAAAGAGUAAAAGAUAUUCAAACACAACACUGGAUUACGAAAAUUAAUUCUAAUAGUAGGUAUGAUAUAUAUUGUAAAUAUAAAUUAAAUCUAGAACCUGAAUUAUAUCUUACAUCUUCUGCACUUGAAAUGUAUAAAAAGGAUAUAGCAAUGAUUAGAAUGGGAGGAGUGGGUCUAGCUGUGGACGAAGGCAGAAAUAUAGGUUUAAAUAAAAGAGAUAGGAUUUGUAAAUUAUGUAAUAAAAGAGAAGUAGAAAACGAAUUCCAUUUUAUUAUAAAUUGUCCACUAUAUGAAACUUUAAGAGAAAUGUAUAUACCUAGAAAGUUUUUGACAAAUAGAUCCUUGUAUACUUUUAAUGAAUUGAUGUCUACAAGAAAUGAAAAUAUACUAAAAGGUUUAGGUAUUUGUUUAGCUAAAGCAUUGCAGUUAAGAAAGGAAAGAAGUGGUGUAAGUUACAGAUCUGGUGUGUAAUGUAAAUGCAUAGAAGUUUAUAACUAUGCUGUUCAUAUAGUGGUACUUUGGAAUAAUGUCACCUGCACAAAGGUCCAGUUGUUCAACAAUCAUAAGCUGACUACACGUUGAUAAAGAGUGUGUAUGUGGGUGAGGAUGGGGUAUGGUAAUAAAGGAAAAUAAUAAAUAUGAGAAUAAAUUAUAUGAAUCAAAACUAUAAUAGUGGGAUAUAAGUUAAUUUGUAGACCUAUAUGAGAUACUGUACACCAAAAAUAAUUGUUAGAAAAUACAAAUAUUGUUAUUCUUCCUAAAAUCUAUUUACAAACUAAUUGCAGUUAAAUAAUAUUUAGUUUGCUAUAUGAAUUGUUGAACAACGGGUCCUUCAAAUGUCACCUUUUGUUGUCUGUAAAUGGGCUAUGGCCUAAAAACGGAAUAAAGAAUUGAAUUGAAUUGAAUUGAAAAAUAGCUCGUGUUAAAAUAAUAUUUAAAUCAUGUAUGCUAAUUAAACGGGUUUCAAUAAAC